AUGUCGCUGCCAGAAUAUGAUGUCGGUGCGGUCGUGAUUCCCAGUGAAGACCAGCAUUACAGCGAAUAUAUCGCUCAGUGCGACGAGCGUCGUGCUUUCAUUUCUGGCUUCGACGGAUCCGCAGGCUGCGCGAUAGUGACCUCAAGGGAUGCCUUCCUCUUCACUGAUGGUCGAUACUUCCUCCAAGCUGAGCAGCAGCUUGACAAGAAUUGGACUUUGAUGAAGCAGGGCCUGCCAGAUGUGCCUACAUGGCAAGAAUUCCUGUCCAAAAGACUGGACAGGAAUACCCGCAUUGGCAUUGAUCCUACGCUCAUAACUGCUACGGACGCCGAGAACGUGCAGAAGGCACUCGCAUCCACUGACUCAAGAUUGAUAUCUCUGCCUCGGAACUUGGUGGACCUUGUGUGGAAGGAUCGCCCUCCCAGGCCCGCCAAGAAGAUUUUCCCUCUGGACGUCAAAUACUCUGGCGAGUCCCAUAUGGAGAAGAUCAAGAAGGUCCGCGGGGAAUUGAAGAACAAGAAAUUACAGGCCAUUGUGAUCAAUAUGCUCGACGAAGUCGCCUGGCUCUUCAACCUCCGUGGUUCGGAUAUUGAUUUCAAUCCUGUAUUUUUCGCAUACGCAAUCGUGACACACGAGAAAGCUCUUCUCUUCGUCAAUGCCGCACAAGUGGAUGAGGCUGUCCUCUCACAUCUGGGUCCAGAGGUCGAGACUCAUCCGUACGAUACGUUUUUCUCCCACUUGAAGGAACUCGGCGCGGAGCUCGGUCUCAACAACACUGCGCAGGUGCUUGUUAGCGACAAGACAAGUCUGGCUAUCGUGGACGCAAUUGGUUCAGACCACAUCCUCGUCUCCCGCUCACCUGUGACGGACCUCAAGUCGAUCAAGAACAACACCGAGAUUGAAGGAUUCAGACAAUCCCACAUCCGGGACGGUGCCGCCCUUGUGCGAUAUUUUGCGUGGCUGGAGGAGCAGCUCAAUGGCGGCGCUGAGUUGACCGAGAGCCAGGUAGCAGACCAGCUAGAGAAUUACCGCUCGGAGUUGGACCUAUUCCGUGGUCUCUCCUUCCCCACUAUCUCGUCUACGGGCCCGAAUGGCGCUAUUAUACAUUACACGCCUGACCCAAAGGAUUGUGCGAUUGUCCGCAAAGACCAGGUAUAUCUGUGUGACUCUGGAGGUCAGUACUUCGACGGGACGACCGACGUGACAAGAACACUGCACUUCGGUAUACCGACGGCCGAAGAGAAACGUGCUUUUACGCGUGUCUUGCAGGGACACAUAGCUAUUGACACGGCUAUAUUCCCGAAUGGUACAACAGGAUACAUCAUAGAUUCAUUUGCGCGGAGACCGCUUUGGGAGGACGGUCUUGAUUUCCGCCACGGCACAGGUCACGGCGUCGGUCAUUAUCUUAACGUGCACGAAGGUCCGCAUGGCAUCGGUGUACGCAUAGCGUAUAACAGCACGCCCCUCCGGAACGGGAUGACUGUCUCCAACGAGCCGGGCUACUACGCCGAUAGCCGUUUCGGGAUCCGCAUCGAGGAUGUUGUGAUCGUCCGCGAAGCGCAGACCCCCAACAACUUCGGCGAGAAAGGCUAUCUCUGCUUCGAGCACGUUACGAUGUGCCCGAUACAGAAGAACCUAAUCGAUGGCGCGCUGUUGAGUCCCCGCGAGCGGACGUGGCUCGAUGCGUAUCAUGCGGAGGUCUUGAGGAAGGUGUCACCGCUCCUGCAGAAUGACGGGCGCGCGCUGGCGUGGCUGCAGCGGGAGUGCGCGCCGUUGUAG